CUUUAUGGGGCACUGGCAAACUUUAUAUUACAACUCUCAGUGGGCCCUCCCUUUUCCUCAUUGCUUUAUAGAUUAUACAAUGUGAGUGUUGUGCACACUGGAGCAAAAAGGGAAAAAAAUGUUUGGGUGUAUCUGUCUUCCUGCCAGAGACAAAGAAACCAAGAAAGCAGCAAGUCCUUGAGAACUGUCCACAGAACAAAGCUGCGAUUCUGACAUACAAUGGCAACUGCAGGGAAGGUGAUUAAAUGCAAGGCUGCAAUUAUCUGGGAAGUUGGGAAAAUGCCUUCCAUUGAGGAGGUGGAGGUGGCACCACCCAAAAACCAUGAAAUUCGAAUAAAGAUCGUGGCCACUUCGAUCUGUCGGACUGACGACAAUGUGCUGAAAGGUAUUUUCCCUGACCUAGAAUACCCGGUCAUUGCAGGCCAUGAAGGAGCUGGAAUUGUUGAAAGUGUUGGGCCAGGAGUGACUUAUGUCAAGCCAGGUGACAAAGUCAUUCCUCUUUGUGUCCCCCAAUGUGGAGAAUGUGCCUGCUGCUUGAGUCCUAAAGCUAACUGUUGCCUCAAGUCUCAUAUCUGCAAGCCUCUUCAAAAUCUGAUGCCAGAUAAAACCAGCAGGUUCACUUGUAGAGGGAAACAGAUUCAUCACUUUCUGUGGAUCAGCACCUUCUCUGAAUACACAGUGGUGCCCGAUGUUUCCAUUGCAAAAAUCAGUAAUGAUGCUCCUCUGGAUAAAGUCUGCCUCUUUGGCUGUGGGUUUUCUACGGGUUAUGGAGCUGCUAUUAAUAAUGCUAAGGUGGAGCCUGGUUCCUCUUGUGCCAUCUUUGGCUUGGGAGGCGUUGGUUUGUCUGUCAUCAUGGGCUGCAAAGCAGCUGGAGCAUCCAGGAUCAUUGGGGUUGACAUCAACAAAGACAAAUUUACCAAAGCCAGAGAGCUUGGAGCCACUGAAUGCAUCUCUCCUGAAGAUUUUGAGAAACCCAUUAAUGAGGUGCUGAUGGAGAUGACUGGGCUUGGUGUGGACUAUGCUUUCGAAGUGAUUGGACGUGUUGACAUCGAGGCUGCUGCCCUUGCAUCCUGCCACUUGGGCCAUGGCGUCUGUGUGCUGGUUGGGGCACCUCCUGCAGGAUCCCAGCUCUGUAUCAGUCCUUUACAGCUCCUGACUGGCAAGAAACUUAUUGGAAGUUUGAUUGGAGACUUUUCUUGGCAUCGUUUCUCAUCUGGUUUAGAUUUCAGGAAAUCCAGCGGUUCAAUACAUCACUUGUAGCAAGAGGCAAACUAGCAGGCGUGCAUUUCUAUGCAUCCUGUUCGACCAUCAUAUAUGCUGGACUGAUUUCUGCAGUUUCUUUCAUCCAAAUGCAACGCAACAUGAUCUCUAAUGGCAUUUUCUAAGUCAUGGUCUGUGGUACAAUAGAGUCUCGCUUAUGCAAUGCAAACGGGCUGGCAGAACGUUGGAUAAAUGAAUAUGUUGGAUAAUAGGGAGAGAUUAAGGAAAAGCCUAUUAAACAUCAAAUUAGGUUAUGAUUUUACAAAUUAAGCACCAAAACAAUAUGUUAUAUAACAAAUUUGACAGAAAAAGUAGUUCAAUACACAGUAAUGCUAUGUGGUAAUUACUGUAUUUACGAAUUUAGCACCAAAAUAUCACGAUGUAUUGAAAACAUUGACUACAAAAAUGCGUUGGAUAAUCCAGAACGUUGGAUAAUCGAGUGUUGGAUAAGUGAGACUCUACUGUAUUCUUGAGCAGUUUCAAUAGGCUUUGGUCUUACCUGUGGCUUCACAAAGUCUGGUAAUGUACCCCUCAUGGAUAUGCGGGCCGUACUGUAUAUGCAUGCAUGUGCAUGAACAACAGAAAAGGGAAUCUUCACCACGGUUGGGCCCAUUCCUAGUGCAUCCUGAGUUAAUAUAGACUAAGUCUCUAUGUGGGUGCAGUGUGCACUCCAGCAAAACAAAUACAUCCCAGAGUUAUGUGGUGCAUGGUUCAGGGUCCUCUGAAUAUUAUUCUGUGUCAAAGAAAACGUUAUGAAAUUCUUGGGAUUAUCAUAAAUCAACAGGCAACUUGAAGGCAAAUUCACGUGGCUCAUGGUCCUGGGGUCACUAGCCUACAUUCAUCCACAAUACCAAAUCAGUGGCAAUGGUCAGAUUGGUCAGCCACAGAUACAUCAAGUUGGAUCUCAAUAAAGAGCCUUACUUUCUGCAUUGUUUGUUGCCAGUGCAGCAUCUUGCUCUAUUGCAAAUACAAUACAACAGAGGUCGCAGUUGGAAAAUACGUAUCAUCUACCUGGAUAUCCUUAUCCUGGGUGCCAGUUCCUCAAGUACUAUACAGGCAGUCCCCAAGUUACAAACAUCUGACUUACAAAUGACUCAUACUUACAAAUGGAGGUGAGACAACAAGGAUUGAGAGAAAUCUGCCCCUAGGAAGAGAAAUUCACUCCUGGAAAAAUUAUCAUGGGGAAAAGUUGCUUCCACUGAAGCUUUCUAACCAAUCCUUGUUUCCACAACAAACCAUUUUUUUUCAAAAUCCAAUUAUCACAGGAAUUAUCACAGGAUAGAUAGAUACUAGAUAGAUAGAUAGAUAGAUAGAUAGAUAGAUAGAUAGAUAGACAGACAGACAGACAGACAGACAGACAGACAGGGCUGGAGUUACACUUUAAAAUGUACCUAUUCUGCCUUACAUGCAAAUUGAAUUUAAGAACUAACAGAAGCUAUCUUAUUUGUAACUUGUGAACUACCUGUAUAUAACUAGAUGUUCUUUGCAAAAUACGUAACAUCACAGAAAACAGUAAAGGGCAGGAGGCUAAGUGGAUAAUUAGUCCCAUCCAUAUUUGUACAGAAGAUAAUAUCCGCACAUCAAACUUUAGAAAAUCCAGAUACCCAGCAUAUGUUGUGAAAUUAUUGCAUUGCCAUAGGGGUAGAAACACUGUUAUAUAAGAAGCAAAGACCUUACUGGUUGCUGGGCCCAUUUAUUUGGAGACAUCAUAAUUCUGGAAAUAGAGCCUGCCAAUGAAUCUGUAUGCAACAAUCCAAAGAAAGUAUUGAUGGACAUCAUAUAAAAAGAUUAAUGAACAUUAAUCAUUUCAAAACUAGGUUUGGGACAAUAAUUAUUUAUGUAUUUAUUAAUGAAGGAUUUCUUCCCUUCCAUAUUAGGCUUUGAUUGUACUAAACAUUUGUUUAACAGAUGAAAAUGAAAUGUUUCUCGAUCUUCUAAAAUGUGUACAAAAUCCACCUUCCACCAUUUUCCUGUCCAUAAACUAUAUACAUAAAUCUUGAAGGGUCUGAGCAUACUGGGUUUCCUUUACC